AUGACGCGAUCCGAGGCACCUCGAGCAGCAGGUACACGACCUUCCUCGAUUCGAUUUGCACACCUGAACCGCAUUUUACUGGCCCCACUUGCGAGGGUCGCUGUGUCUGAUUACUUAUUGAUAUGGUCCCACUCUCUCUGGAGUGCGUGUCGUAUCGAUGGCCUGCUUCUCGUCGUCGUGUUUGCAUUGAGCCCCGGUUUCUGCCGGGCUCUCUUUAACCCUCUCCUGCCUCUUAUCGUUCUUGCAACCGCUGCUGCCUUCGUGUGUAUUAGGAACUGCGACCAUGCGUCCUGUGUGAGCUCCAGCCAACAGCCCGUGAGGGAAUCAUCUGACAAUGAAGAGAACCCUCUCGUGCAGCGUUCGGUGUCUCAGCAGGAUCGAAAGGGAACAGUUUUAAACGCACAGAAACAAAAGGAGGGAGAGGAGGGUGCGAUUGCAGACUGCGAAAAGACCCUGCUGGCCAGUGGAGUUGUCUCGAAGGUCUCCUCAACUGUCUGCGGAAAAUACUCGUGGAUAUCAUGUAACGGCAACGCCCUGCUCUCCUCUCAGUUCCUUUCUAUUUGGAGAGUGAGAGUCGGGUCGUACGGCUUGGUAGAAGUAGCAUGUCACUUCCAUGAUUCGCCGAUGUCAGACUGCGCGAGGAGAUCCGAGCAUGCCAAAGAUACCUGUGGAGUCAAUGUCACGGACGAGACGAGGUGCUGUCGUCAAGAGCGUUCUCGGCGCGACGAACGACCAACGUCUAUGCAUUUCAGGACCAAUGUAAAGGCAACUAUGUUUCGUUCGAAUGCUGUCAAUGUGCCAGGUUCUUCUCAAGUUGCCUCUCUCGCUCGCAGGUACUCUCCCGCAAGCAGUCGGCGAAUUCGUGACAGCUCAACCGUGGUGGCCGCACUUCUUUUCCCAGGCCUUAUUUGUACUUGCCUCCUGGAGUUGCAAAGACGCGGCAUAUACUUUUAUGACGGAGCACUGAGCGUAGACCAGUCCCUGCAGCUUCGAGCAUGCGUCAUGCUCGUCCCUGGUCUGCUCGGAGGGUCGCUUCUCGGUCGUGUCCUUUGGACGCACUCACUCUCGCUGCGUAGCAUCGCAGUGCUAGUCGCUAUCUACACUGUUGCCUGGCUGAGCUGGAUAUCUUUCGGCGCCCUUGCCCUCGAUGCAAUACCUGUGUCUUUCUACAUCUCCGUCGCAAUUAGUUUUUUUCUGUUCAUUUGCUUACAAUUGCUGGUGUUCCACGCGUGUUAUUUUAACAGAAGUCAUUGCUUCACUCUGGUCGAGGGUGUCGUCCUAAGUCAGCUCAUCAGUGUCAUCGUUUUUGUGUCUGCAUCUGACUGUUUGGAAUCCAUUCACUCGACGCGGGCUGCGGGUGUCUCCAUAGCCAUGUCGCAGACGCCAGCGUGGCUGGUUUUCGUUUCGCGCAUGUUUCUACUGCUGACUGCUGGUCUUGCCUGCGCUUCCUUUGUCUCCACUCGUUCCUCGCGGUGCAUGCAACCUACCCGCGCGGCAUCGGGAACCAGGGGAAAGUCAGUCCUCCUGUGUGGCUUCGUCGCUGCAGUGGGACUGUACCUGUUUGCAGGUUGCAGCCCGGCUGUUCAGAUGAGUGAUGGCAUUCUACGAAACAGCAGCCGAAUGCCACGCCAUACUCCUUUCGAGUGGAUAAUAGCCCUCGUAUUUGGUGACAGUGUGAACGCGGGUGUGUUUUGCUUCUGGUUAACUUCAUCUUUUGUUGGUGUCGCAUCUAUUAUAGCGUUCUGGUCUCACAGAGACACUGAAAAGCAGCACGAUUAUGGUUUCAGUCAAAGCAGUCCUCAUUUGAUUGUCGUCCGAAAGUUGUAUCAUUUUCUUUUUGCUGCAAACGUUAUUGUUGGUCUGGUGCUACGGGUUGAUGAGCUUUUGGUUGUCGUUCUUUGCGGAGUCGUGUGGGUCACUGUCUUUUGCGAAUUUGUCAGGACCGCUGAUGUUGCUUCGCCUUUCUCACAGCAUCUUGCAUCUUUGUAUAAUCAAUUCGCAGACGACCGUGACCAGAAUGGCCUUUUCUUGACGCACAUAUACCUAGCUCUCGGAAUUACGUUACCGUUUGUUUCGACUCCGGUGACCCGCGGCGUCCCGUUCUCUUCACGGCAUCUCCUAGGGCUGUCUCUAGUUGGUAUGGGAGACGCCUCCGCGGCUGUCGUCGGCGCUCUGUUUGGAAAACGACGUUUACCGAUGAGCGGCAGCAAAACGCUUGCCGGCUUUAUUGGUUUCUUUAUCGGCGCCUUGCCAGUGGUGAUCUUAGAGCCACUACAUUUGAUUGGUCCCCAGCAGCCUGGUUCGGACCAAGUCACGUCGUUCGGAGCAGCAGUUAGCGCAAUAGGACUCGGUGCGCUGUUUGAGGCGUACACGUCAGAUAUUGACAAUUUGACUCUUCCACUUUUUGGGGUUAUUGUUUAUGACAACGUUUCUGCGGUGCUUCGAAGCAUACAGUGA